AUGUUAGUCGGGUCGAAGGUUGUUGGCGCAGCUGCUGAUGUGUCUAAAGGAACUUCAAAUUCGACUUGGAAAAACGGAGCCAAGAAAGAACCUACGAUAUUUAAUGUUCAAAAUUCUUGGACAAAUAUUUUCACCACACAGCCAAUAAUUACAUUUUAUGAAAAAAAUGGCUUUUUCAUGUUAGCAUUUAUCACACAUUUUAUUCAUUGGCAUAUGGACUUGUAA